GCGUUGAUCAAAGACCUGAGCCCUGGCCUGUCCUACGAGAUGACAGUCGUGGGCGAGAACGAGGUCGGGAGGGGAGAGGCGGCCGACACCGUCACGUUUGUCACCGGCGAAGAGGAGCCGUCGGCGCCGCCCAACGACAUCGCCGUUGAGGGCAAAGGGCCGACAACCAUACGGGUCACGUGGCGGGCGCCGGCCAAAGAGCACUGGAAUGGUGUGAUCAAAGGCUUUUACAUCGGCUACCGGAAGGCCAGGGAUGGUAACCAUCCGUUCACUUUAAAACUCGUCGAAUCAAAGCCUAUACAGAGCGGCAAAAACGCCGAAACCGAGACUUACGAGUACUUCUUGAGGGAUCUGUUGAAGGGUAAUGAGUACGCGAUUGUCGUCAAGGCGUACAACUCGGCCGGCAGUGGCCCGCAGUCGCACGAAAUGCUUGUCCACACCUACGACGGAGACCUCCCGCCCGCGCAACAGCUCAACGCCAUCGAGUCCGCCGAGACGUCCGUCACAUUGCGAUGGCAUCAGAAAGAUCUGCGAGAGUCACAGACGCCGACCAACAGCUAUACCAUUCACUAUCAGAGAGACGGCGAACAGAAGUGGCGGGAAAUACCGUUGACAUCGAUGACAACGCCGACACCGGUGACCGACGCCAACUCUCUCGCCUCAUAUACUUAUGUACUCCAGAAUCUGGAGUCCGGCGUUCAGUACAGGCUAUUCAUCACUGCACUCAACAGAUACGGCUUCAGUGAUCCCAGCAAUAUAGUGGUCACCAGAACUGAAGGCGACCUCAAAGUACUUCAAAGUGAAAUAUUCAACCAAUUCUUCAAUGAGGGCCCGUAUUAUCUGCAGCCGUCGUUCACAAUACCGCUAUUGUCUGCCGCAGUCAUUGUUAUUAUUGUCAUUAUAUCGGCGUUUGUUUGUGUCCGACGGAUAAACAGGAGUAGAGCUGCCGCUGACGGCUUUAUAAUGGACAGCGCGACUCUUCACAAGCAGUUUGCGGGACACAUGGGAACGACACCCCGUUAUAUGGAUUUUGAUAAGACUAGUGGCAAACCACUGAUGAUGACAGAGGCGGGCAACGCAUACCCCACGCCAUACGCCACGAUGCCUAUGGGCGGCGACGGCUCUCAAAAGCCGUGGGAACGACCCCUUCCGCAGCCAUCGAUGAUGAAGAAGGAUCACCACAUCUACGAUCACCCACAAUAGGUCCCACAAUAGGUCCCAAACAAUAAGACAUUACAUGAAUGUAGAGCUUUUUGUUUUAUUUGGAUAAGACAUCUAUUUAUUUAAAUUAUGUUUAAAUUAAUUGUAUUUAAAAGUUACAAAAAUCGGAUUUUAUUUGUUGUUAAAAAUCUCAACACUCGUGAAAAGGUUGGUUAAAACACAUGAAACUUGAUUGAUAUAUACAUUUCCCUCUCUUUUAUCCACUUGAUUUUAUUGUCACAACUCUAUUGCCACUGAUUUUUAUCGAUAAUCUGAUGCUUAUUGCUCUCAAUUACUAUAAAUUAAUUGAUUAUUGAUUUUUUCAUUCAAUU